GAGCUGUAGAAUAACAUCAGGUUUGGCCAAUAGGAUCGCCGGAGAAAAUGUGUUUAUACCAGCCCACUUUCCCGUACAAGGCGACUGUUUUGUGCCUGUGUGGACAUCAUGGUUUGAGAGGCGGUGACCCCUGCUAUGCCUUCCAGUGAACCCGAACAUCACAACAUGCGGCAUUCUGAGCCUGAGCGUGAACACAAAGAAACACAUCCUGUGAAACUGGCCAAAGGGGCUGCCUCCGCUGUGAUCUCGUGUCGUCUGUCUGGUCUUACCUUCAGGAGUGAUGAUGGACGCUGAUGGCGACCAAUCCCUGCUCUGCUGUGAGGAACGCCUCCCCUCCUCCCCCGGCUUCCCCACCAGUGACAGUUCCAUGGAAUACGACGACCUCCCAGACUUGCAGCAGGUUCAGGAGGAGGCGGAGCCAACAGCACCACCCGUCUACCAGGUGGAUGCGGGUGUGUCCCACCAGGAGCGACGUGCGCACCCCCAGCCUCCAGACACACACUGGCUGACUCAGCUGGCCCACAUCGCUACUGGGCCUCAGAGCCCACUGCUGCAAGACUCUCCUCACAGCAGCUCUUCUUCGGUCUGCCUCUCCAGCGCUAGCAGCAAUCUACAUUCCUACUCUCGGCCUCCUCCCCCUCACCCCAGCAGCACCCUGUCGUCCCCCACAGGUCAUGGCAGGGAGCGUCGGCGCACCAGGAAGAGCAGUGAAUGUGGUUCUGCAGUGUCAACCAGAUCCUCUCUGUCUGAUGACGAAGACAUGGGCUGGAGCUUCUCCUGUCCACCCACUGUCUGGCACUGCUUUCUCAAAGGCACUCAUCUGCGUUUCCACUGCGGCUCCAAUGUGGAGUGGCAGGACGUCGAGGAACUGGACUCUGCUCAGGAAGACUCUGGUGAUGAGGAACAACCAAGAUCUCUGAAGAGUUAUGGCUCUGAGGGUCUACAGCUGGUGGAGCAUUCAGAGAUUGUGUUGUCUGGUCAGGCUGUCCUACAGCUGACCUUUGACCCCGGGGCAUUCGAACAUGCCCCCAUGACCGCCCGGUGCCAACUUGAUCACCCCUUCUACGUCAAAAACAAAGGGUGGACGUCAUUUCACCCAAGCUUGACCGUGGUGCGUUAUGGGAUACCGUGCUAUGAAAUGGAGGUGGGAGAUGUGUGCCUUCCUCCAGGACACAGAGAUGCCAAACACACCGACGACUCGCUGGUCUUUGACACAUUCAAGAGUUAUGAUUUCACUCCUCUGGACUCCUCUGCGGUGUACGUGUUGAGCAGUAUGGCCAGACGGCGGCGCACCUCGCAGUCCAGCGGAGGAGCUGUGUCUCCAGAUAGAGACACAUUACAAGACACCCCGAGUCCCGGUCACUCCCACUCUCCUCGUCAAAAGCCAACCAAAAGCCAGCAAGCCAGCACAGCAGGAAGUAAUAAUGCCACGCCCAAUAGGUGCAAGCGGCCAAUGAACGCCUUCAUGCUGUUUGCCAAGAAGUUCAGGGUGGAGUACACACAGAUGUACCCAGGCAAGGACAACAGAGCAAUUAGCGUCCUCCUUGGGGAGCAGUGGAAGAAAAUGCGAAGUGAGGAGCGGCGGACGUUCACCAUAGAGGCCAAAGCCCUUGCAGACGAACAGAAAAGACUCAACCCAGACUGCUGGAAACGCAGACGAACUAACUCUGGUUGUCAGGGAAAUUAAGGAUGCAGACAAGAGGAGAGAACAACACAGCUUGUAGGAGUACGCACGCACGCACACACGCACGCACACACACACACACACAGAAAUGACAGAGAACAGAGAGCAUAACCUAAUACAGUGCUUUAAUAUCUCUUGUUAACAACAUACCUUUCCCAGUGAGGAUUUGAUUCAGUCUUUUUUGACAUUUUGAGCUGUCACUUCCCUCUGUAUUGCUUUUAACAGGUGCUAAAUUUAAUAUUUUAAAGUGGUAUAAAUCAUUUUUUGUUUGUAGUCAUUAUGACAAGUUAUGAAACAUUAUAUUUUAAUGCUACAGAGCACCGUAGCGUUUAUCUAGCGAGGACAUUUUUUCCAAACAAAA